GACACUUCGCAUUCGCGACCACAGUUCGCGAAUUUAAAAAGAAAAUUUAAACAAAUAAAAAUAAACAAUUUGCUUUGCUGAACUAAUUAAAUUGAAUUUGUUUAAUCAUAAAGAAUCAUAAUGGAUAAAACCAGCUUUGAAACUUACGAGUAUCUACCAGCAAAUGAUUCUGAAUCGGAACAAUUUUUCAUAGUUCAUGAUAACAAAACUUUUUAUGUUCAAAAUGUCAAGGACAAUAUAGAAACACAGACACAGCCUUACACAGUUUAUGAUGUGGCUCCGCAACAGUUUUUAGUUGAUGUUGAUAAUCCUUCUGAACUAAUUUCUGUCUCGGAUCAAUAUGUUGCUGAAGCUCAAAAUAACUUGUUCACAAAUAGUUAUUUGCUUCAGCCAGGAGCAGCCACUGCAAGUGAACCGAUGGAACAAGAUACUGCAGAAAUCAUAAAAAAUGUAGUUGAGCCUAGUAAACAAGAAAGUUGCACUGAGAUAACUUUGAGUGACGAACAGUAUCAAAUGCUGGAACGAAAGGGAUGGUUACUUCUUGAAAUAGGUGACAAAAUGUAUGUGCUAAAUACAUUAGGGCUUCACGACAUUACCACAAAUGACAAACUCAUUGAAAAGUUGAAGAAUGAAGGCCAACAGAGCAAUGAAAUCCAAAACAUAGAUAUUGGAUCAUGCAAUCUGGAUAGUAAUGCUAGCACAGAUUUCAAAGAAUUCUCCCACAAUAUAUCAGGUCAAAUUGAAGAACCUAUAAAAGUCAUUAUGGACAAUAAUAACAUGCUUACUGUUGAUGAAUCUGUAGAAAAUGGUUCAGAAAAUUACAUUGAUGCUAAUGAAAUAUUAAAUGAAGAAAAUACAGAAACAGAAUCCACACCAACAACAAACAAAAAUUGCGAUGGAAUUCAAGAAGAGGGUACAGAAAACACUAGAGUAUUUGUUAUAGAAAAUGAAGACAUAAGAAGAGAGGGAAACACUUUAAAAGUUAAAACUAAAUUAUCGCUAAAAGAUUUUCCUGAUAAAAUAUUCCUAGGAAAAACAAAAAAUGGCAAGAGGCUUGUUGCAAAAGUUAUAAAACAGCAAACUACUGAAGUUGUUAAACCUAUUAAUUCUAAUGACAAACCUAAGGACAACACUGAAGCAUGUUCGAUUGCUUUAUCGGCACCUUAUAGUAUUAUAGAUGAUAAUAACAUAGUGGAAUCAGAAUUCCAUAUUCUCUUGCAAUAUUUGUUCCGGAAUAACACAAAUAAGAACAAAUGCACUGCUGCUGAUGUUGUCACUGCUGAUUCAGUUAUAGCACAACUUUUACAAAUACCUGCUUUCAAGCCGUCAGUAAUAGACAACAAUUUAUUAAUAACAAAGGUUGUACAAAACGUGGAUUCUUCUGGAAAAGUACUCAAUAAAGUGCUCUCGGCAGUGGUCACUGGAAAGGUAUCAGAAAUCUCAGGGCAGUGGCGUUUUAUUCAUUUACCACAUAUGAUGCAAAAGAUGGUUAAUGACAUUGAAACAUCAGUGGAAAAAUAUUUAAAGGAUGGAACGACAUACAAAGAUGACUACAGCAUACUGCACGUGCAAAUAUUUGAAAUCAAAGAAGCCGACAAGAGUGAUGUGCGAUUAUCCGUCACUGUAAAUAAAAGAAACAUACCUGUUGAACUGGUUACCACCCGCCACCAACACCAGCCGAACAAAAAGUACGCGUGCAGCGCCUGCGCAGCGCUAUUCAGCUCUGAACUGGAGCUGAAGGAUCAUCAAGCCGACCAUUCUUUGGAAGCUGAAGACAAACUGACCAUAGAUGUAGAUCAAUCUUGUAAAACAAUGAAUGAAUAUUGUGUAAUAGAAUCUGGAAAAAAUAAAUUUUACAAUUGCCUGCAAUGCAAUGUUAGUUUCAACAAACUAUCACUGUGCAAAAAACAUCUAAAGACACAUUUCAAGCCAGUUGAUCAAGAAGACAAUGGAUCAGGACAAGAGAAGACUAAUUCAAAGGCAGUUUAUAGGUGUAACAUGUGCUCAUGCACCUAUUUCCACCCUUCAACAUUAUCAAAGCACAUUCUAUCAAGGCACAUCAAUAAAGUGGCAUUGUUACCUGAUAAAUUAUUUCCUUGAAUCAUCAAUUAUGUCUUAGGUUAUUUAUGCAUUUAAAAUAUUGUAUAAUGUAAAUAAAGUAGCAUUAUGUUAAACAAAACAAUG